UUUGUAGAUUUCUUAUGCUGAGAUCAUAUAUAUGAGAACAACUGAUUGUAAAUAUCUGUUUGCAACUGGUAGUCAAUAUUUAAACCUCGAACUUAAGUGGAUAACAUAUAAUAUGUAAUAUACUCUGCCCACAUAAUAAUGAAACUAACAGAUACAGAUACAGCAAAUAUGUCGAAACAAAUAGAUUGUGCUUAUUAUUUGUGUUUGUUUAAAACAUAGACACGUCCUUGACUGUCCGCGGAAUAUUUAGCUACGACUUCCGUUGUCUGCAUUAGUAAAUAACGAGGAGCUCGUGAAUAUAUCGGUAUUGUUGUGCCUCAAAGUGGAGUGUGCAUUAAUGUGUCGAGACUGAAGAGUUGGUGGAUAGUUUGCGACUAGGUUGACAGCAUUCUUGUCAAAGUACAGUGAUAACACAUUAGUCCAGACGUUGCCUAGACGUGAGAACAGCUACAUGUAUUUCACAUGAGGUCACAGGCUGGUUUUUCAACGUUACAACGAGAAGCUAGCAGCUAGCUUCAGCUGCUAACUAGCAGGCAGCCUCACACAGGACGCUGUCAUCUGAGACUGGUUAACAUUUGUUCAACUGAAAAUUGUAUAUAUUAUUUGCAGUAAGGUUGCCCUGACAACAAGGUAUAUGAUGGGCAUGACCUCUCGAAUAGAGUGUAUAUUUUUCAGUGAGUUUCACCCCACCUUGGGUCCCAAGAUAACAUAUCAGGUCCCAGAGGAAUACAUUUCACGAGAGCUAUUUGACACAGUUCAAGUUUAUAUCAUCACCAAGCCAGAACUGCAAAACAAAUUGAUAACGGUCACUGCCAUGGGAAAAAAGUUAAUUGGGUGUCCUGUGUGCAUCGAAAACAAAAAGUACAGCAGAAAUGCCCUCCUGUUUAACCUUGGCCUUGUUUGUGACGCCCAAACCAACACCUGUGCCCUUGAGCCCAUUGUCAAGAAGUUGUCCGGGUACCUCACAACUCUGGAGCUGGAGAGUGGCUUUAUAUCCAAUGAGGAGAGCAAGCAGAAACUUUUACCCAUUAUGUCGACCUUGUUAGAAGAACUUAAUGCCACAGGAGCCUGUACCUUACCCAUAGAUGAGUCAAACACCAUACACCUAAAGCUGAUCCAGCUGCGAAAGGACCCCCCAAUUGUUCAGGAGUAUGAUGUGCCCGUGUUCACCCAGUGCAAAGACCAUUUUAUCAAAUCUCAGUGGGAUCUCACCACUCAACAGAUCCUGCAUUGUAUUGAUGGAUUUAGACACAUCCAGAAAAUCUCUGCUGAAGCGGACGUAGAGCUGAAUCUAGUUCGCAUUGCGGUGCAGAAUCUUCUGUAUUACGGUGUUGUGACCUUGGUGUCAAUAUUUCAGUACUCUAAUGUGUAUUGCACCACACCGAAAGUCCAGAGCAUCAUCGAUGAUAAGUCCAUUCAGGUGGAGUGCCUCAACUAUGUCACCAAGCAAGGUCAGAAGCGUGCGAGUCUGAGAGAUGUGUUCCAGCUGUACUGUGGUCUGAGUCCAGGAACCACAGUCCGAGACCUUUGUUCUCGCUACUCGCAGCAGCUUCAAAGGGUUGACGAGAGGAAGCUGAUCCAAUUUGGCCUGAUGAAGUCUCUUAUUCGACGGCUACAAAAAUAUCCGGUGAAGGUGAUCCGCGAUGAGAGGAGCAGGUUGCCUCGACUCUUUACCGGUUGUCAUAGUUAUGACGAGAUCUGCUGCAAAACAGGGAUCAGUUAUCAGGAGCUGGACGAACGUUUGGAAAAUGAUCCCAACAUCGUGGUGUGCUGGAAGUGACAUGCAUCUUUAAACGGACUGAAAGAUAUAGAGAUGCCUCACCCAACGAUGCCUUUUUGUUAAAUUAGUGUGUUUUUGUUUUUACAAGUCUCCUUUUGAAGAAUUCACAUUCUGUUUCGGUCAAGAGGACGGUUCUAUUCAUUGAUAUUGUACAAAAGAGAAUAUUUGAUUAAUAAAAGAGAUUAUCAAUUAACAAUGUGUCCUAAAUCACAGUGCAUACAAAUCAAGAAUUUUUCAUUUUCUGUCAUUUUGUAACCAUUAAAAAUUGAGCCCCAGAUU